AUGUCUGGUGUACUGAGUCUGUUUUCCCUCAAAGGCCGAACAGCUGUUGUUACAGGUGCCACAAGAGGAAUCGGACAGUCUUUGGCAUAUGCUUUAGCAGAAGCCGGGGCCGACAUCGUUUUGAUACAGCGAGACUCCAAGAGUGUUACCACCAAGGAGCAGAUAGAGAAGCUUGGAAGAAAGGUGACCAUAUAUGAGGCAGAUCUUGCAAACCAUGAUCAGAUCAAAGGCUUGAUCAAACGAAUUGUAUCAGACGGCCACGAUGUGAGCAUUUUGGUUAAUUGCGGCGGCAUACAAAGGCGUCACCCGCCGCAUACAUUCCCAGACGAAGAUUGGAACGAGGUGCUGCAAGUCAAUCUCAACACGGUCUUCACCCUUUGCCGUGAUGCAGGCGCCUACAUGAUGACCCGAGAAGGACCUCACCGUGGCUCGAUAAUCAAUAACAAGAUUGCUUCUUUGGUAUCCUUCCAAGGAGGUCUCAAUGUGCCGGCCUAUGCUGCUGCCAAGGGAGGCGUAGCACAAUUGACAAAGGCGUUAUCGAACUCCUGGGCAGCUCAUGGCAUUAAUGUCAACGCCAUUGCACCCGGAUACAUACACACCGACAUGAAUGAUGCCCUGAUCAAGGAUGAGAAGCGUGCAGCAAGUAUCCUGGAACGUAUUCCAGCUGGUCGGUGGGGCUUGCCCGAGGACUUUGCUGGUUCAAUAGUGUAUCUCGCCAGCCGAGCAAGUUCAUAUGUAUCAGGAGAGAUAUUGACAGUAGACGGUGGUUGGAUGGGUCGAUAG